AUGGCUAACCAGUUGGCCGACGUAUGGAGUACACAUUGGACGGGGCAUACUCAAUCGAUGUGCGGUUUAAUUCGAAUUGACGGAUCUGCUCUGCGUUUUAUGGGUUUGCAGCCAAUUGACAUUCCAGUUCUUACACAAAAGAGUGUAACCGUGUCAGCGACCACAACCACGUUCGAAUUUGAAGAGUAUGGUAUUGCUUUGAGCGUAGAAUUUCUUUCUCCACUUCUGCCGAAAGAUCUUGAUCUUCUAACUCGACCUGUUACUUAUGUGAACUUUACGUUGCAUGCUACAGAUGGAAAUGAACAUUCUGUAGAAAUCUAUUUCGACAAUACAGCAGAAUUGGUCGUCAAUGACGUUAAUCAAAAAGUCCUUGCAGCACAACACAAUGUUAAAGACAUACAAGUACUCUCAUUUAAGUCUGUUGAACAGUUGAUUCUCGGGAAAAAAGGUGACGACGUUCGAAUAGAUUGGGGAAUUCAAUAUUUAGCCAUACCCGAGGCCACACAAGGUCAAACGUUUAUAGGUGCCACCGAACUAAGCCGUAACACAUUCGCUCAUCAAGGCAUUUUACCAAAUUCCAACACGAUGAAGUUUCCACGAGCUGUCAAUGAUGAUUGGCCAGGUAUUUCAGCUGUUCUUACAUUUAAUAAAGUAAGCCGUUAUCCAGUUUCUCGUCAUUUAUUGCUCGCUUACGACGAAUUGUAUUCGGUCGAGUAUUUUCAUCGCAAAUUGAAACCUUAUUGGAAGCGGAAUGGUCUUCAGAUAGAUGAACUAUUGAUAAGAGCAGAAUCUGAAUACGUUUCAGUUCGUAAUCGAUGCAAUGAAUUCAAUAGAAUACUUCGCCAAGAGUUGAAUGAUCGCGGUGGAACAAAAUAUUCAAAAAUUGCUGAACUAGCUUUUCGGCAAUGCUUGUCGGCUCACGCCAUUGUUCAAGAUGUUGACGGCACAUUACUCAUGUUUAGUAAAGAGAAUAGCAGCAAUGGUUGUAUGGGAACAAUAGAUGUAACCUAUCCAGGUGCUCCUUUCUUUCUUUAUUUCAAUUCAGAUCUACUCAAGGCUCAAAUUGUACCUGUCCUCAACUAUGCUGCAAGGCCAUCUUGGAAAUUUCCUUUUGCUCCUCAUGAUCUUGGAAUUUAUCCACAAGCAAAUGGACAAGUAUAUGGAGGUGGUGAACAUUCAGAACAAUAUCAAAUGCCCGUCGAAGAAUGUGGUAAUAUGCUUAUUCUAACUGCUGCUGUUUGCAAAAUACAAAACAAAACAGAUUUAGCUGACCAACACUGGGAAAUACUACAAAAAUGGGCACACUAUAUUUUGCUAUUUGGUUUAAAUCCAUCAAAUCAGUUAUGCACAGAUGACUUCGCCGGCCACCUUGCACAUAAUGCUAAUCUUUCACUAAAGGCAAUUAUGGCGAUUGGAGCUUUUGCGAAGCUCUGUGAAUUGCGAAUGGAUAAAACGCAAGCAGAUUUUUUCUAUCUGAUUGCACAGAAAAUGGCAGCCAAAUGGCUAACAUUAGCCGACGAUGGUGAUCAUUACCGGCUUGCAUUCGAUAGAAAAGGAAGCUGGAGCCAGAAGUAUAAUCUUGUGUGGCAACAACUUUUCAAUUUCAAUAUAUUUCCCACUUCUGUAGCACAAAAGGAAAUUAAUUAUUAUCUGAAGCAUCAGAACAAAUUUGGUCUUCCAUUAGACUAUCGAGCAGAUUAUACGAAAGCUGAUUGGAUUGUAUGGACGGCUUGUCUUGCGAAAACAAAACAAGUCUUUCAAGCUUUUAUCACUCCAUUAUAUGAUUUCCUUAAUGUUUCCGUCGAUAGAGUCCCUUUUUCCGAUCUGUAUGAUACAAAGACAGGUCGGCAAGUGGGAUUCCAUGCACGUAGUGUUGUUGGAGGAGUAUUUUUACCACUUUUAAAACCGUUUUGA